AUGAUGAACGUUGAGCAGCCACCGCUUCACCAACCACAGACACUGUUUGGUGGAGGUGGCGGUGGAGGAAAGGUGACGGGCUUCACAGUGCUCCCGCCCAAGGUCAUGGGCGCCACCGACCCACAGCACCAGGCGGCCGUGGCCGCCACCAACGACAACCUGCGACGCAACCUCUGGGAAAACGUGCGACUGUUCGCCGAGGAGGUGGCGGAAGCGGCUGUGGAGGGCAAGGGGAGCGCGCUGGAGCCCGAGGGGUGGGCCAAGCUCAACGACACCGUCAACAGCAUCCAACUCUGCCUCUUCCUCCUCCGCGAGCCCUAUCUCUCUCCCACCCAAGUGUGGCUGGGCUACAACCAGUGCAAGACGACCGACCGGGUCAGCUUCAAGCUGAGCGCCAUCGGCCGCGAGUACGAACACGAUCAGCACCACCGCCAGCAGCAGCAGCAGGACUACCCCGACAACUGCGUCGGCUCCCCGCCGUCGGCCACCGACAAGGUGCGCCGGCGACUCACCGCCAGGUCGGGAGCCAAGCGGGCCGCGCCCGAGGCCGCCGCAAGCACCAAGCGCGGCGCCCGAGGGAAGUCGACCAAGCGCGCCCGGGCCGCUUCAAAGAAGUCGAAGGCCGCACCCAUGGUCGCCACGUCGUCGUCGUCGUCGUCUGCGCCGGCGUCGUCAGGCCGCAAGCGGUGCGGGGAGACGGCGCACACGGUCGUGCAGGAGACCGACAGCGAGGAGGAGCGGCGGUUCAACUACCACUCGCCGGGGCUCACAUCGCCGCCGCCGGCCCCCACAGCCUCGUCGUCGUCAUCGUCGUGGUUGUCGGAGGCCUGCGAUUCAGUGGGUCUGUACGACCGCCACCUGCGCCAGACGCUCCGCCAGCCGCCGCCGCUGCCACUGCCGCCGCCGCUGCCGUCGCCGUACCACGCGCACCACGACCUCCAGCGACUGGCGCCCUCGAUGGUCGCCGCCUUCCCGCUCCAGCCCAACGCGCCCUCAACGACGAUGACCACCACCACCGCCACCAUGGCCGUGUCGGGCCUGGCGUCGCUGCUGGCAUGCGCCGAGGCCGAGACUGAGGAGGAUGAGGAGGAAGAGGAGGCGGACGGCAAUGAAGUGGGGCGGAGGCGAAGGCCGAACACGGCCCAGCGCACCGGCGACGGUGGGAAGCGACGAACCGUGGCCACCGCUUCGGCUUCGUCUUCCUCAGCGAAGAGGUCACCACCCGACCGAUCGGACAUUUACAGCCUCCUCAACUGA